UAAAUCUAGAGUGCAACGUUCCUUUUUGCCACUCACUGCGGAAGAAAUUUGCUAAUUCCUAAUUAUGGCAUCCGACGGUGUCGUUGCGCUUCCUCACAAGGUCAAACAGUGUUAACCCCCCAGCUAACCACAACUCGUCUUCGAACGGAGGAGAGGAGGAAGAACAGGUAGAGAGAGGGAGACCGCACAGAGAACCAGGACCAAGUCUGAAAUGGAACAAAAAUGAAAAUAAGCAACGACAAAUACAACUGAAAAUAAGAAAAGGUCGUGAAGCGGUGAAAUUGUAGGAAUGUGUUGAUCGUUGUAAAUCAUUUGAUUUUAGUCAAUAAUAAUGAAGCGAUUUGUAUAUAUCAAUGAUGAUGAAUCGCCAACGCAGGAACUUUACUGUGACAAUCGCAUAUCAAAUAGAAAAUAUACCUUACUGAAUUUUCUUCCCAAAAAUUUAUGGGAGCAGUUCAGCCGGUUCAUGAAUCAGUAUUUCUUGUUGAUUGCUUGCCUUCAGCUAUGGUCACUUAUUACUCCAGUAAACCCGGCUAGUACAUGGGGUCCCCUAAUUUUUAUAUUUGCAGUCUCAGCAUCAAAAGAAGCUUGGGAUGAUUACAAUAGAUAUCUCUCGGACAAGAAGGCCAAUGAGAAAGAAGUUUGGAUUGUUAGGCAGGGUAUCAAAAAACAUAUUCAAGCACAGGACAUUCAUGUGGGUAAUAUAGUGUGGCUUCGUGAGAAUGAUGAAGUUCCGUGUGAUCUUGUUUUGAUUGGUACAUCAGAUCCUCAAGGUGUCUGCUAUGUGGAGACAGCUGCCUUAGAUGGUGAAACUGAUCUGAAGACAAGGGUAAUACCCUCUGCUUGCAUGGGAAUAGAUUCUGAAUUAUUGCACAAAAUCAAGGGUGUCAUUGAAUGUCCAAAUCCAGAUAAGGACAUCAGAAGAUUUGAUGCAAAUCUUCGCUUGUUUCCUCCAUUUAUUGAUAAUGAUACUUGCCCUUUGACUAUAAAAAACACAAUUCUUCAGUCAUGUUACUUGAGAAAUACAGAGUGGGUUUGUGGGGUAGCUGUCUACACAGGCAAUGAAACUAAGCUGGGUAUGAGCAGGGGUAUUCCUGAACCUAAGCUUACAGCUAUGGAUGCCAUGAUUGACAAGCUGACUGGAGCUAUAUUUGUUUUCCAAAUAGUGGUAGUUAUCGUUCUAGGCAUAGCUGGGAAUGUCUGGAAGGAUACAGAAGCAAGAAAGCAAUGGUAUGUUCUAUAUCCAAAUGAAGGUCCAUGGUAUGAACUACUGGUAAUACCUCUGAGGUUCGAGUUACUAUGUUCCAUCAUGAUACCCAUUUCUAUUAAGGUAUCUUUGGAUCUUGUGAAAAGCUUAUAUGCAAAGUUUAUUGAUUGGGAUGCUGAGAUGAUUGAUCAUGAAACUGGUUGUUCAUCCCAUGCAACAAACACAGCAAUAAGUGAGGACUUGGGACAAGUUGAGUACAUUUUGACUGACAAAACUGGAACACUUACUGAGAACAGAAUGGUCUUUAGAAGAUGCUGUAUCAAUGGAAUUUUCUAUGGGACUGAGAGUGGCAAUGCGUUGAAAGAUGCACAGCUGGUCAAUGCUAUUGCUAGUGGGUCUCCAGACGUUAUUCAGUUUCUUACAGUUAUGGCAAUAUGUAAUACUGUUGUUCCUGUGCCAAGUAAAACUGGAGCAAUAUUGUACAAAGCACAGUCUCAAGAUGAGGAAGCUCUUGUUCAAGCUGCUGCUAAUUUGCACAUGGUUUAUGUCAGCAAAAAUGGAAAUAUUCUUGAGAUCAGAUACAAUGCUUCUGUAUUACAUUAUGAAGUGUUAGAGACUCUGGAGUUCACUUCUGACAGGAAAAGGAUGUCAGUAGUGGUAAGAGAUUGCCAAAAUGGAAAGGUAAUCCUUUUGUCAAAAGGAGCGGACGAAGCUAUUCUUCCUUAUGCUUCUGCAGAUCUAGGACAACAAACGAGGACGUUUAAUGAGGCUGUAGAACAAUAUGCCCAAUUGGGACUGCGGACAUUAUGCUUGGCCUGGCGUGAACUAAAAGAAGAUGAAUAUCAAGAGUGGUCUUCAAUGUUUAGAGAGGCUAGUAGCACAUUGGUUGAUAGGGAGUGGAAAAUAGCUGAGGUCUGCCAAAGAUUAGAGCAUGAUCUUGAAGUUCUAGGAGUUACUGCAAUAGAGGAUCGCCUACAGGAUGGUGUACCAGAAACAAUUGAGACACUUAGAAAAGCAGGAAUAAAUUUUUGGAUGCUAACUGGAGACAAGCAGAAUACUGCCAUACAAAUUGCCCUUUCAUGCAAUUUUAUUUCACCAGAGCCAAAAGGUCAGCUUCUAUUGAUUGAUGGAAAAACUGAAGAUGAAGUUUCCAGGAGUUUAGAAAGAGUUUUACUUACAAUGAGGAUAACCACUUCAGAACCAAAGGAUGUGGCAUUUGUUGUUGAUGGCUGGGCUCUUGAAAUCUUACUGAAGCAUUAUCGGAAAGCUUUUACUGAAUUGGCAAUACUAUCUAGGACUGCCAUAUGUUGUCGAGUGACACCAUCACAAAAAGCCCAGCUUGUAGAGCUAUUGAAAUCAUGUGACUAUAGAACACUGGCUAUUGGGGAUGGUGGGAAUGAUGUGAGAAUGAUUCAACAAGCUGACAUCGGAGUUGGCAUUAGUGGUAGAGAAGGACUGCAGGCAGCAAGGGCUGCUGAUUAUAGCAUUGGAAAGUUCAGGUUUUUGAAAAGACUGAUUCUUGUCCAUGGCCGUUACUCGUACAACCGAACUGCAUUUUUGUCGCAAUAUUCCUUCUAUAAAUCCUUAUUGAUAUGUUUCAUCCAAAUCUUUUUUUCAUUUAUUUCAGGUGUGUCAGGGACCAGUCUAUUCAAUUCUGUCAGCUUGAUGGCUUAUAAUGUUUUCUACACUAGUGUACCUGUUCUAGUUAGUGUACUUGACAAAGAUCUUAAUGAAGAAACAGUAAUGCAGCAUCCUCAAAUUCUAUUCUAUUGCCAAGCUGGAAGGCUUCUCAAUCCAAGUACCUUUGCUGGAUGGUUUGGUCGAUCUCUGUUCCAUGCAAUUGUUGUAUUUGUCAUCAGUAUAAAUGCAUUUGCCUAUGAAAGAAGUGAAAUGGAGGAGGUUGCAAUGGUGGCACUUUCUGGAUGUAUCUGGUUGCAGGCGUUCGUUGUAACAUUAGAGACCAACUCUUUUACAAUAUUACAGCAUCUUGCCAUUUGGGGGAACUUGAUUGCAUUUUACGUCAUCAACUGGAUCGUUAGUGCCAUUCCAUCAGCCGGGAUGUAUACUAUAAUGUUUCGGCUGUGUGCACAACCAUCUUACUGGAUAACUAUAUCUGUCAUAGUUGCAGCAGGAAUGGGGCCGAUACUAGCUCUAAAGUACUUCCGCUACACGUAUAGACCAAGUAAAAUCAACACUCUCCAGCAGGCUGAACGUUUGGGUGGGCCAAUACUAUCUCUAGGGAUUAUCGAGUCACAACCGAGAUCACUAGAAAAAGAAGUUUCUUCCUUAUCAAUAAUAACUCAACCGAAAAACAGAAGUUCAGUUUAUGAACCUCUAUUAUCAGACUCUCCAAAUACUAGAAGAUCUCUUGGUUCAGCUACUCCAUUUGAUUUCUUUCAAUCACAAUCCCGAUUGUCUUUUUCCAGCUACUCAAGAAAUUGUAAGGACAACUGAAAAAUUCCAGUACUUGUUCAUUCACAUAAAAAUGGUAUAUAGGCAGCUGAACAUUUGAUUGGAAAGUCAUUGUUGGGAUAUAGCAGCAUUUUAUAGGAUACAUUUAAUUUUUCACCCUAGUCUCUUACUUAAAUGUAAUUAUUCUUUUUGACCUACUUGAGAACAUUUCAAAUUUCAUGGAUUUCAUAGUA